AUGAGCGACGAUGAGUUUCCGAUCAUCAAUUUCUCGACCUCGAAGCACGUCGACAAGAAAACGCUUAGCCGCAUCCGAAGUCAUGCUCAGCAACACGUUCAGGACCAGAAAUCGACUCAGAGAGUGGGUAACGCUGGUGGCAACGAGGCUGUCAAUGCUGCGACGUCGAGGAACCAACUAGGCUUACACUUGGCGUUCGAAAAGAAGUCUGGAAAGGAAGUGCGACGACCUCAACGAAUUAAGUCUCGGCGCCGACAAGCAGAUGGUAGCCUAGCUCCGAAAGAUUGGUACGCACCACUUGGUACAUCGCCCUUGGCCAGACAGGAUCCAUUUGAUUCGUUCCCGAUACCUAUCGACGCGGAGCUCAUUGAUUUGUUCGAACAUUGCUACCUAGGCUGGCGCUUCCUUGCGGUGGCCUACAAUAUAUGUCGAGGAGACGAUGUCAAGACGAUGCUCUACGAAAGCAAAUGCAUGCAGCACGUCGCUUGCGAGGUUGGUAAAAUCGCCGCCUCCGCCAACCAGGGACAGCUCGAAACGUCACUAAGCCACUUGAACGCCUUAGCACUUCUGUCGCCGACGAUGAAAGACUGGGAAGGCACCGAAUAUGGUGCUCAUCUACAGUCCUGCGUGGUCAGCUUACUGAUAGCGAAUUGCAAUCGCUUGCCUGUAGUAGACGUCAGAGCCGCUGGAUUUGAGAUCCCACCACAAGCAGUUGUCCUCGAUCCCGCCGUCAGCGGACUCCUCACGCCUGAACUCACGGAUGCGAUACUGGCUUUGACAGCGGUAUACAAUACACGAGCACUUCUGGAACGAGGUCAAGAAGGUCAACCAGCAAAACCCGUCGGUCACACCCACACCGGCAAUCAGGCCUACGAGGGUCUCCGCACCGCCUUUCGACUUGCAAAGAUGGGCUUACGCGACAACAGCUUAAUUGCAGAAGACUACGAUUGGCAAGCAGCGUUUCAAGACUGUGUUCGGUACUGUGCGAUACUCUCUUCAUGGUCUUUCGGCAGCCGCAUCAUCAAAUGGGGCGACGCUGUCGCCCAAGCUCAUCGCCAGAAUCGACGAUACCUCACGCCGGAACUGCUACAAAUAGUACAGGAAGAGAGUGGGUACAGUCAAUCCAUGUAUGAUCUUUUACUGUGGAUGUUGACAGUCUUGGGCGUAUCGGCCGAUCAAGAAGGCAGAGAGUAUUAUGCAGCACUGGUGCGGAACAGCUUUCCAGCCGUAAGGAACAGAUCGUACGAGGAGGUCUUGAGACUUGAGGAAACACUUCCUUGGAUCGAUGUGAGGACAAGGGCGCUUGCUGAAGGCUUCUGGGAAGUCGUUGCACCGCAAGGAACGAUGGAGCAUGGCAAUGCUGCUUCGGCAGAUGCGCCUUAG